GAUAUAGAGUAUUUUAAUCCAAUGUCAUGUAUCAUUGCUUCUUCUGUUUUUACACGUAAAUACGAGAUAAAUUUUAAUGAAUCAGCCGUGAAAUUCAAAAAAUCAGUGAUUCUCGAUCUUUGA